CCCAUGCCGUCUGGAUUGGCUUUCUUGCGUAUCGCCACCAUUGCUGAGACUUGCGCCACUUACCCAGUCGUGCAUUGUCGGACUCAGCCUCUCCCCUCUUCUCCCCCUAACCGUGCACACACCUCCAUCGCUUCUCAGUUCAGCCUCCCUCCCUCCCUCACUCCCUCCUUGCCCCCAUCAACCUCCCCUCCUUGCAUACCAACCAAAGCUAAUCUUCCUCUGGUCAUCGUCGUCGUCGUCGUAGAAAUAGUAUUAGUAGUCGUUGUUCGGCCUACUUACUUACCUUGCAGUGGUGGAGUGGGUUGAAAGUUUUGGCGUCGGAGUGAGUGUUCCUUUAGCAACACACUUUUAUUCCUCUCAUAUUGCGGGCGCUCCCUCUACUCUUCCUGCUUGAAUCGACGAGUACGUGAUGAGUGUCUGUGUGUUUCUCCUCCCUCUAUUUCGUCUUCUGUAGUUUUCUUUUAUCUGUCUGGAAAUUACAAAAAAAGAUCAUAUGUGCAGCUUAUUUUGUUGCGGAGUUAGAGUUCGUGAGUCGGAUCAUAGCUACGUGCUUCCACCUUCGGUGUCUUUGAAUGUCUUGAGGUGCUCCGUGUGUUUGCUUGUGUGUGAGUGUGCGCACGCGCUAGUGGGCAAUUUCUUCGUGCAGAGGGUUUUCCGCGUUGAGGAGCACAAACUGGAGUAUGCGGAUGGUUGGAAGUUAUUUCUGAAGUGCAGAUGUCUGAACACGGAGAUUGAGGCCCUUCUUAUCCCUCUGACUUAGCUUUGCAUUAUCCCAGACAGUUGAUCGCUUCUGGGAAGAAUUGCACCAGGACAUACAGACACGCUCUUCGCAAUUUGUUACACUGGAUCUGGGACAGUCUUCGCGCUCAAGGUUUGAGAACUUCGAAAUUUCCGUCAUUGCGAUUUGUGGAAUUAUCCACUUCAGCUACUCGAAGGUGCUCUUGGCAAUUGUCAGAAUUUUCGACACUGUUGAUCUCUACUCGUGCCACUUGAUCUAAAGGGGGGCAUUUGUGAAGUAUUUCAAGACGAUUUGGUCUAGAUCAUAGACCCGGCUAAGAGUGUGCCCACCGCGAACAGAUCUGAUCUAGAAGCGGUCGCCGCGAUUUAGAUUGCUGCUUUUACACUUAUUUAGCACACACAACCUGAGGUGAUUACGAGGUAGCGGUGCAUUGUGAAUCCAGGUAGCACGAUCAGCUCACUUACCCGAAGCCUCUGAAGCUGUAGACUUGCCAAAUAUUUAACCAAUUGUCAAGGCGUGAACUUGUAACCUGAAAUAGGGUGAAACCGAGGAUUUCCUGCGAAUAUCUAGUUCUAUGAUGCCGCCCUUCGGGUCACUUCUGGAGCCACCCACAAAUUUGCGAGGGGGUCAGAGCUCCUUUUAUGUCAAGCAAGAGCCUGGUGUGGAUUCUGUGAGAAAACUACGGAUGGAUACUCCUCAGAGCGCCUUCUCCAGCUACCGUGAUACACACCCUACACUGCGGAAGCCAUUGCAACACGAGCUCUCGGCGUUUGGUCCUUUUUCAGCUCAGGGACAGAGCUCGAUGGAUGCAUCAACGUCGAAUGCAGCGCCGCACCCACCCAGUGGUGAUACACACACGUCACUUCGGAAGUCGGCAUCGAGGCAACCGAUUCAAGUGCAUCAGUACCUUCGACCCGCGGUUCUACAGCCGACAACGAGUGUUAGCCCUUCGAAGAAACAGUGCACGGAAAAGUCGCGGCAAUUCAACGACGUGUUCCUUUCUGCCCACACGAAUGCAAUGCCCAGUAAGUCGUCGGAUGUAGGAUCUAGUGGAUUGGCGACAGGAAUUCGAGACACGACCUCGGACGGGUUUGUGGUGGUGUCGUGCAAACAGAUGCAGUGCAAGCAAGAGUGCGACAUAGCGAGCACCUCGUUUUCGGCGCCUCCACUCUCAAGGAAGCGUUCACAUUCGGAGCUAGCUGAGGAGAGUUGCGACUCGGAACUCGUGCUAGGAGUUGGUGGCCGCAGCAGUGUCAGCAGGGAAGGAAGUGAGUACAGGAAUUCGCGGGCAUCUUCACCGAGGAAAUCCCAGAAGUCAUCCGACACUAGGCUAGAUUUAGUUUCGGCGGACUUAUGUUUGGCCCCACCCAUCGUGGCACCCGAGUACUCGAGUUCAAGCUCUCAGCAGGAGGCUCCGUCAUCCUCCAUGCUGGAAACUCAACCUCUUGGUGAGAGUUCAAAGGUGUCGCAUUCGCGAGGCACGUAUGUUAGUCCAACGCAGUCGCAUCUUUCAUUUCAAAAAAUCAAGUCCAAGGACGUUUCGAGAGCGGAGGGCGUUACAUGCAUCUCGCAGGCUGAGUCGCACCCGACAGGAUCAAGGUGUCAACAGCCAGUGCGGCCGCUUCUCAACCUGGAGGUGAUCAAGCGGGAGUGUGAUGCAGUGGAGCGGGAGCGCGACAACGAGGAAUCUUUGGCUCAGUCUCGUAAUCAUCACGAAGGAUUUGAGUUAGGACUUUUUCCGGGUGUAUUUGCCGCCGACCAAGGGAAGAAGUCAGAGGCAUCAGGAUUGCAGCUUGUGCAUCUGCUUCUCGCUUGUGCCGAUGCCAUUUCCAAGAAUAAGAUCGAGAUUGCGACGCAGAAGCUGGAGGAGUUGUAUUCGCAUGCGUCGCUUUUUGGCGACUCCAUGCAGCGGAUUGCAGCCUUCUUCACGGAGGCAUUGGCGGCACGGAUUGUUGGCAAAGAUAACCCUGCAUACAAGAACUUGAUGUUGCAAUCUCACCUCGAUGACUAUCUGUCUGCCUUCACCACUCUCUACAAAAUUUGCCCAUACUUUCAGUUUGGCCAUUUCACGGCAAACCAAGCCAUCCUGGAGGCUGUGGAGGGUUACAGUGUAGUACACAUCAUCGACAUGGAUUUGAUGCAAGGGUUUCAGUGGCCGGGAUUCAUUCAAUCUCUCAGCGAGCGCGAAGGCGGUCCUCCGAAGCUCAAAAUUACUGGAGUUGGCACUAGUUGUACUUCGUUGCAGGACACUGGGCGGCGGUUGGCAGCAUUUGCGGAGACUUACGGUGUUCCAUUUGAGUUCCAUGCUGUGGUCGGCGAGCUGGAAGAUCUGAGCCCCAUGGAGCUUGGCGCGAAACCCGGCGAGGCGGUAGCUGUGAACUGUGUGAUGCAAUUGCAUCGCCUCCUCAACAAUGGCGACAAAUUGCAGAACUUCAUCUCGGGGUUGCGGAGUAUACAUCCUGUGAUGUUGACCCUGGUGGAACAGGAAGCGAACCACAACACGAGCUCCUUCAUGGGCAGAUUUGUGGAGGCACUCCACUACUAUGCAGCGGUUUUUGACUCUUUGGACAGCUCCCUCCCGUUGGCGAGUGAAGAGCGUGCGAAAAUUGAGCAGUUAUACUUCGCGCAACAGAUCAAGAACAUCGUGGCUUGCGAAGGUGCAGACCGAAUCGAGCGUCACGAGACUUUAGAAUUAUGGCAAAAGCGAAUGAAGCUUGCAGGUUUUCGACAAUGGCCAUUGAGUUCCCAUUCUGUCACUCAAGCGAAGCUCUUGCUCUCUCUGUCCCCGUGCGACGGGUAUUGCCUUUCUCAGCAGCCUGGCGGAAGCAUUUCCCUCAACUGGCAGGACCGGAGUCUCCUUACAGCUUCCACUUGGGUUCUGUAGAUUGACGGUUGCCAGAUUGCUCUCCAUUUUGGGCUAUCUGCCUUGGGAUACACCGUCGCUGAAAGGGACCAUCUUUUUCUACUUCUUCACAUACCUUAGAAAGCUUAGCGAUGCUGAGGAGCAACUUAUCAAGACAAUCGAUUAUCCAGCCUUGUUGAGGAACUAGGAAUUCAAUGGAGACGGCCCCGAUGCAGUGCGUGUUGUGUAUCACCAGCUAUGGCCCUCUGCUUGCAAUUAAGAUUUUAUUGUUGGGUAGAGAUCUUGUGGACUGAUUUUCUUCACAUGAUACGGCCACACUGUACAUGUAGCUUGCAUGCUGGCUGUGGCCAUGCAGAGCACAAGUCCAUAGCUGGUUCGAUUAACUCAAGCGGCUGUGCGAGUGGAGGCACCCGACAAUCAAGUGGUUAGCGACAUGAUCAUUCUGGUGACCGUUGAAUGAAAGCAUCAGAAUGGAUGGGCUUCCACAUAUGCAAAUAGUACAGACGGCGGACAGUUUCGAUGGCAUUCAUGUAUCAGCUUGUGGUAUAGCACACACAAAUAAAGGAUGGGUAGCGGCGCGCGUCCGAGUAGCAUUGGAGGCUUUUCGAAUGUGAUGGGAUUUCUUCAGCUGCCAGAAUAGCGCGGUUUGUGAGCCAAGGAAUUUGCCUUGAAUAUGCAGCUCUUCAUCCUGACAGCCAGAUACAUGAUUUUCAUCCGAACUGGGCUUCCAUGAUCAGCGGCAGCGGCUUUUGCUUUCCAUCUGAAUGUUUGAGUUUUGGAUGAUGAGGAUGUAGAAGACGAUUCUUUUUCAGAGGGCAGAAUAUCUUGCUGUAAUUUUGAGGUUUAUGUUGCUGCUUUUGUAGGCCUUUGCAACUUUUGUUGUUGUCAUACAGAUAUGGAAAAAAACAAGUAGAGAGAAGUAGGGUCAUUUUUUGGAUUUGCAAAGUGUAAAGACACAAUGAUUGGCAUCAGACCCAUUUGUAAGGUAGAUUCGGAGAUUGUAGCUGUAGCUGUACAGACGCUUGUGAGCCAGGAAUUCAUCUCGGCCCGAGCCAACAUACAGAGCUUGAUAUUCCUUAGUUUUUUUGAGCACUUUUACCCUUGAUAUUCUUUGCGAUCCAAUUAAAUAAGAGACUAUGCUUUCUGUAGUCUAUUUUAAACUGUUGUUUCCUAAA